CAAUCAGCUGGUCGAUCAGCUGAUCUGCACGCCGCUGACGUCACUUCCGCCCUCGACUGCUCCAUUUUCUGCUGCUAGCGGAGCGACCGACGAGAAGGCAGGAGGCGGCGGAGAGCCAGCAGUCCCGGGGCCCGGAGGCUUUCCUGGAAAACAUUUUGACCGAAGACUCCAACUCUGAGCUGCCUGCAUUUUUCUCUGGAUCCACCUCGCUUCUGUUUACAUUUCACCUUUUAUUCUCAGUAGAUCUCAUCUGACAUUUUUAUUUUUUAAAGUUGUGAAUUUACUGAGAAGAGUGUGCUGAACACCCAGCGCCCAGAGUUCAGACAGAGUUGUUGUUGUUUUUUUUUUUCCUCAAUUGGUGACAGAUGGUUUUGAGUUAUGGAUCAGGGUGUUAUGGACGGUCCUGUUACUCUUGUCAUCAAAGCCCCCAACCAGAAGUAUGAUGACCAGACCAUCAACUGUUACCAAAACUGGACGGUGGAGAAGCUCAAAGCCCACCUGUCGGACGUGUACCCCAGUAAACCAAGCUCCAAAGACCAGAGACUGGUGUAUUCUGGGAAGCUCCUUCUGGAUCACUUCACCUUGAAGGAUGUUCUUAGAAAGCAGGAUGAGUACCACAUGCUCCAUCUGGUGUGCGCCUCACGCACCCCUCCUGGGUCCCCGAAGCCCCACAGCAGCCGCGGUAACAAGUCCCCGGAGAUCUCGUCAGCUGGUCCCACGGACGUUCAGAGCUCUAACAGCCCCUCCUCCGGUCGGGCCGGCCAGCCGCCCCCAACCGGACAGAGCAGCGAUGGCCUCAGACAGCGAGUGGGCCCCUUCCCGUAUUACCCGAUGCACCCAGCAUUUAUGCAUAACUCGACAUGGAGCCAGUCGCCCCCGCAAGUCGCUCCCCCUGCAAACAUGCCUUCAUAUUACAGUCCCAUGACACUUAUGUGGUGGCAGCAACUGUAUGCCCAGCAAUACUACAUGUACAAUCAGAUGUUGGCUGCGUCCUCCCAGCAUGUCAGACCAACCCAGCACUUGACCCAGUCGCACCAGUCAGACUCUGUGAACCCGCGCCCCCAGGUUGAUCGCCGCGGCAACCAAGAAGUCCAGAUGAAUGCCCAGGGAGGGGAGGUCCUGAACGAGGAGGAGCAGAACCAGGAUUGGCUGGACUGGGUGUACACGAUGUCUCGCGCCGCCAUCUUGCUCAGUAUAGUCUACUUUUACUCCUCCUUCAGCCGCUUCGUCAUGGUGAUGGGGGCGAUGCUGGUGCUCUACUUGCACCAAGCAGGCUGGUUUCUUUUUAACUUGGAGAAUGAUCUCCAGCUUCCAGGGGAUGGAGCCAAUCAAGAGGAUAUGGAAGGAGAGCUGCAAAACCCCGACUUACAGGAAACGGACCGGGCGAUGGAUCAAGGCUUGGACGACGACGGUGAAAGUGGAGAGGAAGGAGCAGAGGAUCCCAACAACCCGCCCAACACGGGCUUCCUGUCUUCCACCUGGUCCUUCAUCAUAACUUUUUUCAUGUCACUCAUCCCGGAGCGCCCGCCAAACGCUGCGAACUGACCCACGGGCUCCGGAGUCGCCGCGGCUCUUCACAUGCAGGAGCGCAGUCUUUCAGUAAGAGGAGAUCCAUCUGCCUGCCUUUUUAGGGGAACCGUUUCUGUCUCAAGGCAGUGUGCUUCCCCUGUAGUCUCCUCUAUAACUAAGACUUGGAGGUGAAAGUGGUAUGAUAUCACUGAUUUUAACCUGCAGUCACAGAUAUAUCCUCAGUCGUAGCUAGCAGCAUCACGUUAUAUGAACCUGCUGGACACCAGUUUGUCUGCAGGAAAGACUGUUAAAUGACAGUAACACCAUAGUCAGAUUGUUAUGUGCAAGUUGUAAGCUCGUCAAAAGAAUAUUAGUCUCUGUUAUGGUAGAAUAAUGGAUCAUUUUUGCUAAAUUGGUGCAUUGUAAUAUUAUACAAUGACACAACACUAUUUGUGUUGAGCAACCUGAACAAGUAUUGUCUUUUGUAAAUAAGUUGCAAGUUUUGUUUAAAUUUUCUUAGUACAUUCACCAUUUUGUAGAAGUGGUUGUGUUCAAAGAAGAAUUUUAAGAGUCAGUUUUUUUUUCCAAAAGCCCAUCAAGAGCCAGUUAUUACCCUGAACCAUGUGACAUCUCUGACAACAGAAAUGAAUGGUCAAAAAGUGCAUAAAAUGUGUCUUCUUAAA